GAAAUAACUAUGACCAUAUGGAAGAUCCCUUUAAAGUCUUCCUUUCCAAAACCCUCUCCCUCUCUCACAAACCCUAACCUGCAAGAUGAGUGAGGCGAUCAUCACUGAUCAUCCGCCUCCGCCACCGGUGGAUUCUGAUCCUUCCGGGGAGGAUUUCGAUUCUCUUCCAAUCCCUCCUCUCGAUUCAAUGUUCCUGUCCGCACAAGGUUCCUCAUCCGCAAGCAUUACUGCUGGAGAUGACUUCAUUUCAGAUCUGCCCUUUUCACUUGACGAUAAUUACGAUUUUGACAUCACCUUCGACGAUCUCGAGAACUUCUAUCUUCCUUCCGAGAACGAGCAUUUCUUUAUCCCCAAUUCUGCCUUUGAUUCUAGCCAAUCUGAUUUUCCCCAAGCCUAUGUUGCUGAUUGCACUGCUCAGCUGGUGAAUUCUGCAUCUACGGAGUCGGGUAGCUCUGGGAUUUCAGGCGAUCAUGGUUCUGAUGUUGCUAAGUAUUUGAAUUGCUCGCCUUCACAGUCUAGGAGUUGUAAUUCGGGUGAUCAGACUUCUGAUUCAGUUAAGGAAUUGAAUUUUCCCUCCCCUGUUUCUUCCCAGGGCUCUGGGAAUGGUGGUUCGGGUGUAUCGGAAGCCAUGAAUGCUCCUUCACCUGAUUCGGGUGCUUUUGUGGUUGAUCAGAAGAUCAAGCUUGAAGAAAUAAAUGCCAAAAAUGGCAGCUUGCCAAAGAGGAAGAAAGAGACGACUAGUGAUGAUACCAACGGUGAAACAAGAAAUCAAAAGUACCGGAGAUCAGAGAACGCCAACCCAAAUAUGAAUGCAAGCAAUGAAAAUUCUCAAUGUGGUAGUUUUGUUUCUUUGAGUGAAGAAGAGGAGAAACGGAAGGCAAGGCUUAUGAGAAACCGAGAGAGCGCACAGUUGUCCAGGCAGAGAAAGAAGCAUUACGUGGAGGAGCUAGAGGACAAGGUGAGAACAAUGCAUUCAACAAUUGCAGAAUUGAAUAGUAAAAUUUCAUUUUUUAUGUCUGAAAAUGCCAGUUUAAGACAACAGUUGGGUGGCAAUGGUAUGUGUCCGCCCCCUAUGUAUCCUCCAAUGGCACCCAUGCCAUAUCCAUGGAUGCCCUGUGCCCCUUAUGUUGUUAAACCGCAAGGGUCUCAGGUGCCCUUGGUUCCAAUUCCUAGAUUAAAACCACAGCAGCCCGUUUCUGCUGCAAAAGCUAAAAAGGUUGAGGCUAAGAAAGCAGAAGGUAAGACUAAGAAGGUUGCUAGCGUUAGUUUUUUGGGUUUGUUAUUUUUUGUUUUGCUUUUUGGUGGAUUGGUGCCAAUCGUGAAUGUUAAGUUUGGAGGGAUCAGGGAGAAUGGUAAUAACGGUCUGGGUUUUUUCAGUGAGAAGUUUUAUGAUCAGCACAGAGGCAGGAUCUUGAGGGUUGAUGGGCAUUCAAAUGGGUCUCAUGAGAAUAUGGGUGUUCGAAUUUCUAGUGGCAAUUUGGAUAUUGGUAGUAGAAGAAACUGUGGGAGAGGCAGGAAUGGGUGUUUGGCAUAUGAUGUUGAGACAAAGGGAGGAUCAACACAUUUACCAGACUCUGAUGAAGUUGUUCAUCUCAGUAAUGCUACUAAGCCGCUUGCUGCAUCUUUAUAUGUGCCAAGGAAUGAUAAGCUUGUGAAGAUUGAUGGUAACUUGAUAAUUCAUUCUGUUCUGGCUAGCGAGAGAGCUGGGGCCUCUCAUGAGGAUACUGAGAUGAACAAAAACAAGGAGACAGGUUUGGCAAUCCCCAGAGGUUCUUUUCCAGCGCUUGCUAUCCCUGAUGUUGGAAGCGGUAGAGGGAUACAUUCUCACUUGUAUCGGACUGCCAGUGAACGGAAGAAGGCCCUUGCUUCUAGGUCUUCUGAUACUUUGAAGGACCAUUUAAAGUCAUCUGCAGCUGAUGGUAAACUGCAGCAGUGGUUCCAUGAAGGCCUUGCUGGGCCAUUGUUGAGUUCUGGCAUGUGCAAUGAAGUGUUCCAGUUUGAUGCCUCGCCAGCUCCAGGAGCUAUUGUUCCUGCUUCAUCAGUUGCUAAUAUCACCACAGAGCGCCAGCAGAAUGCUACUCGUCACAAGGGGAAAAAUAGAAGAAUUCUUCAUGGUCUUCCAAUUCCCCUUCCAGGAUCUGACGUAAAUAAUAUCACAAGAGAACCUGUUGGGAGUUCUCAGAAAGACAACUUUCAAAGUAAUAAAUCAGUCUCUUCCUUGGUUGUCUCUGUGCUUGUCGAUCCCAGAGAGGCUGGCGAUAGUGAAGUUGAUGGCAUGAUCAAACCAAAGUCCAUUUCUCGGAUUUUUGUGGUCGUGCUUUUGGACAGGGUGAAGUAUGUUACUUAUUCAUGCGUCCUCCCACGUUCUGGUCUACAUCUAGUGACGACCUGAAAGGAUGGAGAGCGGCUGGAGUUGUGGACUGUCAAACUCUUCCCAACUUCAGCUUCCCAGUUUUGUAUAUAACAGAACAACUAGCAACUCUAAUAGUAAUGUAACCUCCUGAUCUACUUCCAACUUUCCUAAUCAAUACCUGUGAGAGUUGACUCACUAUAAAAUUUUAUAAGUUUUAAUGUUCUUAACAUAUUGUUGGGGGGUUUGGAAUGGUGUCCAUAAUCUUGCAUGUUAUGGAUGCAAAAUAUAUUGAUAUGGAAUUCUGAAGGGGAGAGGAUUGCCGGUGUAUCAGUAAGGGGAAGUAGGUUCUAUACUGUUCGUUGUUAGUUUGUUUCCAGUAACUGUUGUAAUAGAAUUAAAUUUAACUUUACAGGUAGAAUUGAAUUCAAAUAGUUAAUGUUCUUACUGUUGA